CACCUCUCCGGGGCACCGCGAGCCGCAGCGAAGGGACCCUCCCGCGAAACCGGGGCACCGCAGCGCCAGGACCCCCGCAACCCGCUCCGGGGGCACCGGGACCCGACCCCCCCCGCACCGGGAGCCGCAGCGCCGGGGACGCUUUUACACCGGGGGUGCCCCUCGAAACCCCCCGCACCGGAUUGCGGGGGGGGCACCGCAGCAGAAGGACCCCCCCCACCCCCACCAUCCUCCGGGGCACCGCAGCGGAGGGACCCCCCCCCACAGCGGGGCACCGGGAGCCGCAGAGCCGCGACCCCCCCGCUCCAGGACACCGGGAGCCGGAGCAGAGGGACCCCCGCACCCCGCUGACACCCCCCAAAUCCCGGGGGUCCCCCCCCCUCGCCGCACCGGCUCGCGGGGGGGGGCCGCGCCGCCGCACCGAAGGAUGCUCGGGAUGCCGGCCCCGCUCUGAGCGCCCCGCGCCCGGUCGGGACGAACUCCGACCCCCGCCCCCCCCCUCGGAGGAUUUAGGGGGGGGCCCAUGGGAUGUGAUGAGCUCCUCGGCGGUGCCGGCCUCAGCAGCGUGACCCCCCCCCCGCGGCGGGAUGGCUCGUUUCGGAGAGGAGGUGGCGGCCCGCUACGGGCCCGGCGGCGGCGGGAGCGGCCCCGGGGCGGCGGCGGGGGGCCGGGGCGCGGGAGGGGGUCCUCGGCAGGGCCCCCCCGGGGCGCAGCGCCUCUACAAACAGUCCAUGGCCCAGCGCGCCCGCACCAUGGCCCUGUACAACCCCAUCCCGGUGCGGCAGAACUGCCUCACCGUCAACCGCUCGCUCUUCCUCUUCAGCGAGGACAACGUGGUGAGGAAAUACGCCAAAAAGAUCACCGAAUGGCCUCCUUUUGAAUACAUGAUUUUAGCCACCAUCAUCGCCAACUGCAUCGUCCUGGCGCUCGAGCAGCACCUGCCCGACGACGACAAGACCCCCAUGUCGGAGCGGCUGGACGACACGGAGCCGUAUUUCAUCGGCAUCUUCUGCUUCGAGGCCGGGAUCAAAAUCAUCGCCCUGGGCUUCGCCUUCCACAAAGGCUCCUACCUGAGGAACGGCUGGAACGUCAUGGACUUCGUGGUGGUGCUCACGGGCAUCCUGGCCACGGUGGGCUCCCAGUUCGACCUGCGGACGCUGCGGGCCGUGCGUGUGCUCCGGCCCCUCAAACUGGUCUCGGGGAUCCCAAGUUUACAAGUCGUGCUGAAGUCCAUCAUGAAGGCGAUGAUCCCACUGCUGCAGAUCGGGCUCCUCCUCUUCUUCGCGAUCCUCAUCUUCGCCAUCAUAGGAUUAGAGUUUUAUAUGGGCAAAUUCCACACCACCUGCUUCGACCUGGUCACAGAUGAGAUCAAGGUGGAGGUCCCGUGCGGGACGGACGAGCCGGCGCGGAUCUGCCCCAACGGCACCAAGUGUAAGAAAUAUUGGGAAGGGCCCAACUACGGCAUCACCCAGUUCGACAACAUCCUCUUCGCCGUGCUCACCGUCUUCCAGUGCAUCACCAUGGAAGGGUGGACCGACCUCCUCUACUAUAGCAACGACGCCUCAGGGAACACUUGGAACUGGCUGUACUUCAUCCCUCUCAUCAUCAUCGGCUCCUUUUUUAUGCUGAACCUCGUGCUGGGGGUCCUGUCCGGGGAGUUUGCCAAAGAGCGGGAGCGGGUGGAGAACCGCCGGGCGUUCCUGAAGCUGCGGCGGCAGCAGCAAAUCGAGCGGGAGCUCAACGGAUACAUGGAGUGGAUCUCCAAGGCGGAAGAGGUGAUCCUGGCCGAGGACGAGCCCGAGGCAGAGCCCCGGCGCCCCUUCGAUGGAGCUCUCCGGAGGGCCACCAGCAAGAGGAGCAAGACGGACCUGCUGAGCCCCGAGGAGGGCGAGGAGCAGCUGGGGGACAUCGCGGCCAUGGGGUCCCCCUUUGCCCGUGCCAGCCUCAAAAGUGCCAAGCUGGAGAACUCCACCUUCUUCCACAAGCGGGAGCGGCGGAUGCGCUUCCACAUCCGGCGGAUGGUGAAAACUCAGGCCUUCUACUGGACCGUGCUCAGUCUGGUAGCGCUCAACACCCUGUGUGUUGCUAUCGUUCACUACGACCAGCCAGAUUGGCUUUCCGACUUCCUCUACUAUGCAGAAUUCAUUUUCUUGGGACUCUUUAUGUCCGAAAUGUUUAUAAAAAUGUACGGGCUGGGAACGCGGCCUUACUUCCACUCGUCCUUCAACUGCUUCGACUGUGCCGUUAUCAUCGGAAGCAUCUUCGAGGUGAUCUGGGCUGUUGUGAAGCCGGGAACAUCCUUCGGGAUCAGCGUCCUGCGAGCUCUCAGGUUACUGCGCAUCUUCAAAGUCACCAAGUACUGGGCUUCCCUGCGGAACCUGGUGGUGUCCCUGCUCAAUUCCAUGAAGUCCAUCAUCAGCCUCCUCUUCCUCCUCUUCCUCUUCAUCGUCGUCUUCGCCCUUUUGGGGAUGCAGCUCUUCGGGGGACAGUUCAAUUUUGACGACGGGACCCCUCCCACCAACUUCGACACUUUCCCAGCAGCAAUAAUGACGGUGUUUCAGAUCCUGACGGGGGAAGACUGGAACGCGGUGAUGUACGACGGCAUCAAAUCUCAGGGCGGCGUCAAGGGGGGGAUGGUUUUCUCCGUCUACUUCAUCGUCCUCACUCUCUUUGGCAACUACACCCUCCUCAACGUCUUCUUGGCCAUCGCGGUGGACAACUUGGCCAACGCGCAGGAGCUCACCAAGGAUGAGCAGGAGGAGGAAGAAGCUGCCAACCAAAAGCUGGCGCUGCAGAAGGCGAAGGAGGUGGCCGAGGUCAGCCCACUCUCCGCGGCCAACAUGUCCGUCACCAUGAAGGAGCAGCAGAAGAACCAGAAACCCUCCAAAUCCGUGUGGGAGCAGCGCACGAGCGAGCUGCGGAAGCAGAACCUGCUGGCGAGCCGGGAGGCGCUUUACAGCGAGCUGGAGCCCGAGGAGCGCUGGAAGGUGCCCUACGCUCGCCACCUCCGCCCGGACAUGAAGACCCACCUGGACCGGCCGCUGGUCGUGGACCCGCAGGAGAACCGCAACAACAACACCAACAAAACGCGCCCCGGCGGCGGCGGCGGAGACCCCCCCCCGCCGCCCGACCCCCGCUUCGCACCGCUGCGGCAGCCGCGGUACCCCGACCCCGGCGGAGGAGCCCCCCGGCCCGCAGAGCCCCCUCCACCCGGGGGGGUCCCCCCACCCCAUGGGCGACGCCCCCGCAGCCGGAGCCGGGAGCCCCCCGAGCGUGAUCCCAGCGCCGAGCGCGGUUUUGGGGGGGGGGACGGGGGGGAGCGGCACAAACCGAGGCACCGGAGCCGCGACGGCCGCGCCGGGUCCCCCGAGCGGGAGCACCGGAGGCACCGCGGGCACCGCAGGGCGACGGAGGAGGGUGAGGAAGGGGCGGCGAGGACCGAGAGGCGCCCGAGGCACCGCGACGGGGCCCGGCCGGCCCGGGGGGACGGGGACGGGGAGCAGCAGCAGCACCACGGGGACGGAGAGAGGCGGCGGCGGCACCGGCACGGGCCGCCCGCGGGGUACGACGGAGAGGGCAGGAGGGAGGACAAGGAGCGGCGGCACCGCAGGAGGAGGGAGCAGCAGAUCCCCCCGGUGCCGUCGGGCCCGACGCUGUCGACCACCCGCCCCAUCCAGCAGGACAUGGGGCGCCGGGACCCCCCCGUGGCCGAGGACAUCGACAACAUGAAGAACAACAAACUGGCCACUUCCGACCCCCCGCCCCCCCCCGCCAUGGGCAACCACACCCCCUGCCCCGCCGGGGCCCCCCCGCGCCGGGUCCCCCCCCCCACGACCACCACCACCAUCAACCCCCCGCCCCCCGAAAACAACCUGGUGGUCACCAACCCCGCCCCCCCCAACAACAACAACCCCUCCAAGGGCGGGGGGAAACCCGAGCACACGGCCGUGGACAUCCCACCCCCCUUCCCGCCGCCCCCCAGCAACGCCCUGGUCCAAGUGAACAAGAACGCCAACCCCGAGCCGCUGCCCCGCAAGGAGGAGGAGGAGAAGAAGGAGGAGGAAGGCGACGGGCAGGACGAGAACGGCCCCAAGCCCAUGGUGCCCUACAGCUCCAUGUUCAUCCUCUCCACCACCAACCCGUUCCGCCGGCUGUGCCACUACAUCGUGAACCUGCGGUACUUCGAGAUGUGCAUCCUCAUGGUCAUCGCCAUGAGCAGCAUCGCCCUGGCCGCCGAGGACCCCGUGCAGCCCAACGCCCCCCGGAACAACGUGCUGCGCUACUUCGACUACGUCUUCACGGGGGUCUUCACCUUCGAGAUGGUGAUCAAGAUGGUGGAUCUGGGGCUGGUGCUUCACCAAGGUGCCUAUUUCCGGGACCUGUGGAACAUUCUGGAUUUCAUCGUGGUCAGCGGGGCCCUGGUGGCCUUUGCCUUCACGUGA